AUGGGGCGGUAUUGCCCUCUCGCCCCACAGGAUGGCCUGAAGCAGACACCCCUCCACGCCUUCCACCAGCAGCAGGGAGGCAGGAUGGUGAACUUUGCUGGCUGGAGCAUGCCCCUGCAGUACGGGCCAGGCCACCUGGAGUCUCACCUGCACACACGCCGGCACUGCUCACUCUUCGACGUCUCCCACAUGCUGCAGACCAAGGUGUUUGGCCGGGACCGGGUGAAGUUCAUGGAAAGCCUGGUGGUUGGGGACAUCGCGGAGUUGAAACCGGACCAGGGCACUCUCUCUCUCUUCACCAGUGAGGAGGGAGGCAUCCUUGACGACCUGAUUGUGACCAGCACCUCGGAGCAGCACCUCUACGUGGUGUCCAACGCCGGCUGCAGGGCCAAGGACUGGGCUCUCAUGCGGGGCCGAGCACAGGAGCUGCAGGCCGCGGGUGCAGACGUGCACCUGGAGAUCUCGGAGAACGCGCUGCUGGCUGUGCAAAGUAAACGCACCUCCCUCCCCCGCUGUGAAGUGACCAGCGGCUGCCCCUCCCCCUGCCUGAAGAAGAACGUGGCCAUGGGCUACGUGGCAGGCGAGCACAGCCGGGCCCUUCUACUUGCUGUGCCAGGUGAAGUGACCAGCGGCUGCCCCUCCCCCUGCCUGAAGAAGAACGUGGCCAUGGGCUACGUGGCAGGCGAGCACAGCCGGGUGGGCACGGCGCUGAUGGUGGAGGUGCGGAAGAAGAGCUGCCCUGCCCUGGUCACCAAGAUGCCCUUCGUGCCCACCCGCUACCACACCCUCAAAUGAAGCCUCGCUCCCAGCCCCACAUCCACCACCACGGGGCCAGGUCCCCCUCAGAACUUCCCACAGGGCAGCCUGGCCCCAUAGCAGCCC